AUGGGAACCCCGGUGGCGCUGCAGAUAUUCGUGGCCGCGGCCAAGGCAGUGGUGAGGGUGUUCAUCAUCGCCGCGGUGGGAUGCUGGGCCCGGCGUAAGGAGCUGCUCGACGCGGACACCGCGCGGGUCAUGUCCAGGCUCAACGGAGCCAUCUUUCUGCCGUGUCUCUUGUUCACGGUGCUCGGGAAGGCGGUCAAGGCGGAGCAGCUUCAGAACGUGUGGCUGCUGCCCAUCGCCGCGGCGGUUCACAUAUUCUCCGGAUGGGUGCUCGGCAAGGGCGUGUGCCGGGCGUUCGACGUGCCGAACGAGUUCCGGGGCCCCCUCGUCGCGGCGGCAUCCUUCGGCAACACGUUCGCGCUUCCCAUCGUGUUGCUGGACGCCAUCAUCGGCUCCGGAAACAAGGUCGGGAAUGUGCAGUUCACGCGGGAGGACAACGCGGCGAUGGUUCUCUACCUCUCCGCGUACAUGACCGUGCUCACGGUGCUGAUGUGGACGCUGGGACCCGUGUGGAUGAAAGGCGAGGACCGCCUCGGCCUCGCGGACGGCGGGUCGGGGUCGUCGGCUGGGGACAGAGCCGGCGCGAGCCGGGCGGAUCCGGAACGAAAGCUUUUCGCGAAAAAGUCGUUCUGGCGCCGGUGCGCCGCCGCGUUGGCGCCCGCGGCGAACGUCAACCAGCUGGCGGCGGUGCUCGGUAUUCUCGUGGGCCUCACGUCGCCGCUGCGAAGGGCGCUGUUCGACGAGGACGGCGCGUUGUACGUCUUGGGCUCCUGCGCCGAGCUCGUCGGCGCGGCGGCCAUCCCGCAGGUGAUCAUCGUCCUGGGCGCGUCGCUGGCGAAGGGGCCGGACCACUCGCUGUGCGACAGGCGCACCGCCGUGGCGUUGGGGUUCGGGAGGCUGGGCGUGCUGGCCAUCUUGAACGUGGGGACGUACUACUGCCUGCGGGCGGCGAUCCCGGCGGCGGCGGUACCGGCGAGCAAGGCUUUCUGGCUGACUUUUUUGGUCGAGGGGGCGACGCCGACGGCGAACAACAUGAUGCUCCAGGUGCAGAUGUACGGCAGCAAGCGGGCGGCGGGCGGGAUCGGCGCGUGCAUCUUCUGGCAGUACGCCAUGGCGCCGGUGGUGCUGACGGGGACGAUAUCGCUGUUCCUCGCCAUAAUCUAG